AUGCGACAACCAGCUCUGACAAACCCCUGGGAAGAACUAGACCGGGAAGAGACCUUAAUACGGGACAGGGAUUGUGGAGCAUCGAUUGAUAAUUCUGGCGGGAAAAUCAAACAACGGAUGCGACUUGAUAUCGUAAAAUCUGAUGCUUGCAUUAACAAGUGGGCAACUCGCUUCGCGCUUGGAUUUUCGACCUCCCAUCCGGGAUUGAUAUUUUUGCCUGAAGAUAUCCACUUAUUACAUGAUGAAUAUACCACAGGCAAAAGCAAGUCAACAGCUGCAACUCACGAGAUAUUGACUGAUGGGUGCGGAUUCUUGAACUAUACCGCCCUCAAGGUCAUAGAACAGAAGAUGGCCUGGGGACGAUUUCCGACUUGCAUUCAGGCACGGAUUGCGGCCUCAAAUAUGGAUAAGAGCAGACUUCGUCGAGUUGUAUCACCUGAUGCACAAAGAGCCUAUGGUCUUUUGGACUUUGACGACGAAGAUGGAGAGGAGGAAGGAACCGCGUUGGCAAAAUGGGAUGCAGGGCCUGAUCCCUUCAGUGGGCAACCGGCGAGUGCUCAAGAGCAGGUUCUCGGGUGGCUACAAGCAGGAUUUUUACCAACUGACAAGUUCGUCAUGGAGAAGUAUCACGAAACCCAUGUAUUCAAAUAUCCGAUACAAGAAAGGUUAUGGCCGUCAAUAACUACGAGCUCUGGUCUCGGGGCUACUUUGAUUAUAUUCUCUGUCAAGGGAAGCCGAAGCCUAGCAAGCCUCCUGAGCGGAGGUGACUACGAUGGAGACACUGUUGUUCUAAUAUGGGAUGAGCAAAUCACCUCCCAGUUCCGGAAUGCACAUAAGAGAGACACUGUUGUUCUAAUAUGGGAUGAGCAAAUCACCUCCCAGUUCCGGAAUGCACAUAAGAGGUUUGCGGACCCGGGCCCGGGUUUCGAAAGCCGCAAUCUCAUUAAAUCCAAAAAAUUACUGAAAGAUAUCAAAACGCGGGCCGAUUCUGAGGGGCAAGAUAUAACAAAAGAACUCAUCUCGGCGUUACUAGAAGACAUCGCGCCGAGUCAGCUCGGAAUGUAUAACAUAUUUUAUCGCAACUCUGUCUAUCUGUACGGACUGGACCAUCCAACGACUGCGCGCCUAGGACACAUGUUCACACAAUGCCUUGACUCGGUCAAAUCGGGCUUGAAACCGAAGCCCGAAGUGCUCAGAGCUGAUAAGCAAAUUUGGAAUAAAAGACAACCCGAUUGCUUUCCUUCGAAAACUGAGGAGGAUGGCACCUAUGGAAGUCUACUACUCUUCCCCGACGCGGAAGCAGCAAUAGGUUCAUUCUCGAAGUUCUUCAAGAUGUUGCAAAGAAUGAGGUUGAAAGUUAUGAGAAGAAGCUGGGGAAAUGCGCGACAAAUGCGAAAUAUCUUAUCGACUUGA